AUGGCCGGAAACUUUGAGCAGGAAGACCUGCCCGUGCUGAUCAUCGGAGCCGGGACCUGUGGACUGGCUAUAGCUCAUGGCCUUCACAUUAACAACAUCCCCUACAAGCUCUUCGAGAAAGACAGCGCCCUAGGCACGCGCAACAACCGCGACUGGGCAUUCGGCUGCCACUGGUCCCGCCCGAUCCUCGCCUCCCUCCUGGGGCCCGCGGGCUGGGCGCGCGUCGAGCGCGCCGCCCUCGUCGACCCGGGCCUGCCGAGGGUCGAAACCGACGUCAUCAACGUCUUCAACGGCGCGACGGGCGAGCGCGCCGGCGCCGUGCCCACGCCGGGCGUGAGCCGGUUCCUGAGGUCGCGGCUGCGCGGCCUGAUCGCGGAGGGUAUCGGGGGAAGCGAGGGGGUUGCCGAGUUUGGAAAGACGGUUGUUGGGGUUAGUUACGAGUAUGGGGAUGGCAGCAAGACCAGAAAGAGCGUAACGGCGCAUUUUGGAGAUGGCACAUCCGCCCGCGGCCGCCUCCUCAUUGGCGCCGACGGCAGCCAGAGCGCCCUCCGCAGCAUCCUCCUCGGCGCGCCCGCCGCCUCGCUCAAGCGCCUCUCCCUCGUCUCGACCUUCAUCAACGCCACCUACCCGCACGAGCUUGCGCUCUACCUUCGCAGCUUCCACCCGAUUUUCAACCUGAUCCUGCACCCCGAAAACAUGGUCGGGUUCCUGGGCACGCUCGACGCGGCCGAUCCUGACAAGCCCGAGACCUGGCGCUUCACGUUCUAUAUCUCGUGGCCCUCGGAUCUGGAGGAGCAGGCGGCGAAUAAGGAAAAGGAAAGGGGGUGGGGGGUCAAGGAGAGGCUGAGGCAGAUCCGGGAGAGGGCGAGGGGGUGGGGGGAGCCGUUGAGGAGCGCGUUUGAGGGGCUGGAGGAGGACCAUGCGGAGGUUUAUUAUGGUGCCCUCGCGGAUUGGGAUCCGAGUCUGGAGGGACAUGCUUGGGAUAAUAGGGGUGGGCUGGUCACGCUGGUGGGGGAUGCGGCGCAUCCGAUGACUUAUCACCGCGGCCAAGGCCUCAACCACGCCCUAGCCGACGCCGGCAAGCUCGUCGAGCUACUAUCCCACGCGAAUAACACUACCAACACUACCAACCCUCAUAAGUCCCAAGCCGAUCUGAUCACCGCAUACGAGACCGAAAUGCGCGCCCGCGCCGGCGCCGAGGUGCGGCUGAGCGAGAUGAAUAGCAUCAUGCUGCACGACUAUGCCCGCGUCUCCGAGAGCCCGCUCAUGAAGCAGGGGAUGUCGAUUGGGACUGGUCAUGGCGGUGAGGGUGGUGAGGGGAAGACUGCUGCUGAGUGA